GGUUUACUUUCGCUGAGUUUUACUUAGCACGUCGUCGAUUCUUUCGCUAUUUCUUUCAAAAAUAUGAAAUAUGUAUAAAAUCCAACGGCAAAUAGACAACACCUGCUAGAAUGUGCGACGACGACUGUAAUAUUAAUCGUAAGUUAACGAAACCCAAGGACGAUAGCGAUAGUUGCUGCGGUUUAAGUGGGAGCCAUGGAAGUCUGGACUCAUUAGUCGAUAUACUCAAUUCACUUGACUCAGACGAAGAAAUUACAGACCAGCACGCUCAGAAAAUCGAAAAAGUUGGUUCUGAAAAUUUAAUACGUUCAGAAAAAGAAGGAGCAUCAUCUGCCAGAGAAACCAUAACAGAUAACAAGGAAGAAGGAUCAUGUGAUAAAAGAAAUUACUUGCUAGAAGUUGUCCGAAACUGUUCAUCAGAAGAAGGCGGUCUCAUGAGAGACCAUAAAACCCAAGGCGAGCAAGAAAUGGAUUACGAACCCACGAAAUUAGAGUCAGAAGAGACCAAAGGCGAUUUCCCUGUUUCGCGAGAGGAAGCUGUCCCUGCUUCCGGAGAGGAAGUUGUCCCUUCUUCCUAUAUUACUGUUCCUACUGAGGAAGAAGUGCAAACAAGUGUAGUGACAAACGGUGAUCUUCUUCAACAGUGUGAAGGUGUAAUCAGUGUUAACGAAAAUGCCAUCGGAAAAUUUGACAUUGGUGGAGUGACUGAAGAUGAGUCCAAUGAGGAUAACAAGGAGUCAAAUAAACAGUUUAAAAUUGAUGGUGUUACUAAGGAUGAGUCCAAUGAUAAUAUAAAUGAUUUGGAUAAGAGUGGUGAAAAGUUCAAAAUCGGUGGUGUUACUGAGGACGAAACCUGUGAUCAUUUCGUGUCAGUGAAAAGGUCACGUAAAGGAAGUCAUGGUUCGGAGUACGAAGGACGUGAUAGUCCAGUGCAAAGGAAACUUAGCAGGAGUCACAGUGUUGUUUCUGACCACGAUGACUCGAUUAUUAUUUCCCAGUAUUUGGGACAAAGCUCUGACGAAGCCGAGGCUCGUCUACUUGCCCGUAGGCAAGCGAGGGCUGAAGCAAGGGAAAUACGUAUGCGUGAACUUGAAAGACAACAAAAAGAGCAAGAGGAAAAUGCUGAUCGACAAUAUGACAUGAUCGAAGCUUCAAGUCGAUCGACUCGAACGGUCGGCAGUAGGUAUUUGUCGAGCAGAAGGAGUUCUGAGGACUCGCUUGAAGAUGGGGGAAGCCUCAGGGAACUUAGACACGAGCUCAAAGAGCUUGAGGAAAAAUUCCGAAAAGCUAUGAUAGCUAAUGCUCAGCUUGACAACGAGAAAGCUGCACAAACUUAUCAAUUAGAAUUGUUAAAAGAUAGGAUAGAGGAAAUUGAAGAUGAAUUGUCGCGUUUGAAGCGUGAACAUAAAGAUAAGUGUAGGGAACAUGACCAGCUAAAAAGGCUGUCUGCUCGUCUAAAGGACGACUUGGCUGUGACACGUAGCGAAUUGGAAGAAAGGGAUCGGUUAAUAGCCGAAAAAGGACUGGUGAUUGUCAUCGAGGAAGAACCACCUCUGAUGGAUGGCACCGUCAACGGUGAAAUUGUAACGACCGCUAAGAAAGUGCUAGUCACCGCGGAAAAUGCCCAGCUGCUCGAGUCCGCUGGCGAGGGGAGUCUAGACGUACGAUUAGGAAAAUUCGUAGCUGAAAAGAAGGAUCUUCAGGAUCAGAUAAAUCAUCUUCGAUUAGAAUUAGAAGAAGAAAGAAAUAAAAGAAGAAAAUCCAGUGGUAUUUCAAAUGGACCAACGUCUGACGAUUACGAUUUGGACGAUGUGCAAAGAGAUGUUGUCAGACAGUUGGCGGACUUUAAAUUUAGAGCCCAAAAAGCAGAACAAGACGUGGCUACCUUGCAGGCUACGGUGGCACGGCUUGAGAGUCAGGUCAUAAGAUAUAAGUCAGCAGCCGAAAUGUACGAGAAAUCGGAGGAGGCGUUAAAACAAGAGAAACGGAAACUCCAAAGAGAGGAAAAUGGUAAUUUUUGGAAUAAUAAUAGUGAUAUCGAUGAUAGCGAAGGCGAGAGAAGCUCAGAGUAGAGCAGAAGAAUUGGAAACCUCAAACACUCACCUCCUCAAACGACUCGAUAAACUCAAGAAUGCCAAAUCAGCCCUCCUAAAGGACCUCUGACGACCUUUUUAGGCUUAUAGCCUUUUUAAUACCGUCACCGAAGUUAGGGUCACAUGACAGCCGAUUGGAUCGAGAACUGAUUAAAAAAAAAGAUAAGGAAACAACGUAACCAAUUAGUACAUGCUCAGUCGUAUUAAUUAAUAAUUAAUAAGCUUCUAAUUAGAGCUCUUAAUUUAUACUAAAUCAUAAAAUUAACCACAUCAAGCUUUUAUUGUUUAAUGGUAAUAAUAAAAAAAAAAUAAUAAAUCCCUUUCAGGCAGUACAUACGUCAGAAUUGUACCUCUCUUUUAGAGCGUUUUUCGAAAGUUCGUAUAUAAAUUAAAAUAGGCGCAUAAAAAAUGAGAACAGGUACAAUUGAAUAAUGGAAAGGACUGUUUACUUAAGAUUUUCAGGAAACAAUGUUUGUCUAACUACCUCUUCAUUAAAAAAAAA